ACAAUGAAAGCGAGGCCAGGAAUCCCACAAUACCAGGCGAAGGAGCUCCGUUUCGGGGCAGAGCUUGUGGUUUCAAUCAAAGGGAGAAAAAAAGAAAUGCAGAGAGAUGCAAGAUGGCAGAGCUGCAAAUGUUGUUAGAGGAAGAAAUUCCAGCCGGCAAAAGAGCCCUUGUAGAGAGCUACCAGAAUCUGACGAGGGUAGCGGAUUACUGCGAAAACAAUUAUGUUCAGGCCCAGGACAAGCGUAAGGCCCUUGAGGAGACCAAAGCGUACACCACCCAGUCCCUGGCCAGCGUGGCCUAUCAGAUCAAUGCCCUGGCCAACAAUGUGCUGCAGCUGCUGGACAUCCAGGCCUCCCAGCUCCGCAGGAUGGAGUCCUCCAUAAACCACAUCUCUCAGACUGUGGAUAUCCACAAGGAGAAGGUUGCCAGGCGAGAGAUCGGCAUUUUGACGACAAACAAGAACACGUCCAGAACCCACAAGAUCAUCGCCCCUGCUAACAUGGAGAGGCCCGUGCGGUAUAUUCGGAAGCCCAUAGACUACACCGUGCUGGAUGACGUGGGCCACGGGGUCAAGUGGCUAAAAGCCAAGCAUGGGAACAACCAGCCUGCCAGGGGAGGGACGCUGUCCAGAACCAACCCCCCCACGCAGAAACCACCCAGCCCGCCCAUGGCAGGGCGGGGCACUCUGGGUCGAAACACAUCCUACAAAACCCUGGAGCCGGUCAAGCCCCCUGUGGUCCCCAACGACUACAUGACCAGCCCCGCCCGCCUGGGCAGCCAGCACAGCCCCGGCCGCACCGCCUCCCUCAACCAGAGACCCAGAACCCACAGUGGCAGCAGUGGGGGCAGCGGCAGUCGUGAGAACAGCGGCGGCAGCAGCAGCAUUGGGAUUCCCAUCGCCGUGCCGACGCCCUCCCCGCCCAGUCUGGGACCAGGACCAGGGCCAGCGGCAGUUCCCCAGGGGCCUGGGCUGGGUCCCAUCCCGAUGUCGCAGUUCGGAACGAUAUCCCGGCAGAUCUCUCGGCACAACUCCACCACCUCUUCGGUGUCCACCGUCUCGGCCACCGGCACGUACCGGCGCGCCCCGUCCGUCACCUCCCAGUUUUCCGUGCAGCAGCCGCACGUCAACGGCGGCCCCGUGUACCCCCAAAACUCAAUGACUAUUGCCCCACCCCCUCCCCCCAUGCCCCAGCUGACUCCACAGAUACCCCUCACGGGCUUUGUGGCCAGGGUGCAGGAGAACACGGACACGCCCACUCCGCCGCCCCCGCCUCCCCCCGACGACGUGCCGCUGUUCGACGACUCGCCGCCGCCCCCGCCGCCCCCGCCGGUCGACUACGAGGAUGAGGAGGCGGCCGUGGUGCACUACAGCGACCCGUACGCGGACGGAGACCCUCAGUGGGCCCCCAAGGCCUACGCUGAGAAAGUCGUCGCGAUUUACGACUACACCAAGGACAAGGACGACGAGCUGUCCUUCGUGGAGGGGGCCAUCAUCUACAUCAUCAAGAAGAACGACGACGGCUGGUACGAGGGCGUCUGCAACGGCGUGACCGGCCUCUUCCCCGGAAACUACGUGGAGUCCAUCAUGCACUAUGCCGACUGAGAGGACCCUGUUCGUUCAGCCACGCCUACAGUUAAACAAAACCAGGCCUGACCUGACCUGCUGAGCGUAGGCCAGUGCAUUCGGAUGUGACGCAAUGUUUGUUCCUUUUAGAACUGCAAAUGAGAAGAAAAAAAAAAUCUAUUGAUUAUUUUUUAUUUGAGGUGGGUUGUUGGGGGGGUGGAGUUGGGGAUUAAACUAUACUAAUAUGAUACAAUGGAAGUGCUUUACUGCUUGGAUUGUUUUGACCGAAACGAAGGGCAAAGUAUCCACUGCACUGAAAGGGAAGCGUGCGUAGAGCUGUAAAGCGCUUCCUGUACAAUGAGACGUGAAUGAUUAUAUUCUAACUUCCGGUAUGAUCCUGUGCCCUCUUACUUCACUGUAUAUAAUGUGAGCAGCUGCCAGUAGGUCGUCGUUAGCGUGUUCCUGUGGGUGCCCAUUGGUGUCUUGAGCGGUCUACACCCUACGCGAACACAUCGAGUAGGGAUUGUUUUACUGGUCAGGUUAAACUGUCAUUUUCUCCUUCCUCUCCUCUGUCAAGCUGACAAAAGGCAAAAUCAUUUUUUUUUUUUUUUUUUAGGUGGGGGGGGGGGGGGGGAGGGUGGGUGGUCCUGAAUACAGCGAAGUUCAUUUUCAGUAUCUGAAGCCGGCAGACAUUCCUAAAAUGUAAUUAAGUAUCGCCUAAAGCAUGCGUACAAAUGAAAAAAAAAAAAAGAAAAUGUAUGAUAAAUGUACUUGUUCAUCCAUUUCGCUUCCAUUGUGUGAUAUUUACAGUGAGCGCUCUUUUUCUACCGAAUGUAUCUGACGCAUUAGUGGAGCUGUUGAUCUCGUUUUCUACAUGCUUUGAUUUGUAAUUAAAGUGCUGAUAGCGGAACUGUAACGCAGCGUCGGGGGCCGUGCUGUGCAGGUUGAAGGAGACGGGGGUGGCUGCAGAUGCGGCGGGUUGUCCUCUCUAAAGACGGACGCUCUGAACUCCCGCCCCCUGGCCCAGCGUCGGCCCUGCUCCUCAAACCGCUUACAUUUCCACGUGCCCCAUUUCCCAGAGGGACCUCACUGUGGUUUUACAGCGCCCUGAACGUGGUUUUCCAUGUGAACUGGUCCCCAGUACACAGGAGGCUAUGGUGCCAUUAUCAACAAUCACAGAUGCAGACUGCAGCUCCAAAUUGGCUCCAGUUUCCCUCACGAUUACAGUCUGCUGCUGAAAAUUAGCCCUUGGGCUGAAAACACUGCUGUACUCAGUUGUGCUAUUGAAUAUUAAAAGGCAGUGGACCAUGUGAUGCCAUUCCAUUCAUCCCAGUACUGUUGACUGAAGAAGAGGUCUUUUCUGGGCCAAAAUGACUGGUAAGCCUACAUGUUUGACACGGUUAACCUCGAGAUGCUUGUGUAUUGGGAUUUCCAUUUUUAUACAUUUUGACUGUUUAGAUUCAUAACUCAGGUCUGUAAAGCUUUUUUCAGAGCGACCAUUUGUCAUUCAUUUUGUAAACAAGCAUUUUUAUUUAAACAAAGUGUGGGCACCUUCCAGCUGUGUGUGUUGAAUGAUUUGACAAAGUGAUUGCGUUAGAGCCCAUGUAGUCCUCAUGAAGUAUUUUUAAUUGGUAAAAUUGUUUUAUACAGUCAAAUUUAUAACCUUGAGUUUGGACAUCUCGUUUGUGUCAUCAUACUGCUCCAGGAAGAGAUCUUUCCUUUCUUCUCUCCUCAACUGUCACUCACACGGAACUAACAGUUUUCUUGACCACUAAUCUAAAACAUUUCAGGAUAUCACUGAUAACGCCUUGAUACUCUUGUCCGUUUGCUUUGUUAUAUUAAACGUUCCAAGUGUUCUGUAUCUUAAAUUUCCUCGGGAGCAACAUCUGAACCCUGUCUCUUCAUCCUUGAUUUGUAUAUAUAAUCUGUUAAUUGAAAUUUUAUGUACAGUCUUUUAUAAUAAAUCAUUCUGCCACAGAAAAAAAAAAA